AUGUCGAAGCAAGAGAGCGACGCGGCGCAGAAGGCGGCAGCAGACGACGAACCUGAUGACUGGGACAAGCGCAUCUUCAGCACCGGCUGCGCAGAUGAGAACGCGAAAUUGACGGACUGCUAUUUCGAAAAGAAGGACUGGCGACAAUGCACCGCCGAGAUGGAGCGGUUCAAGAGCUGUUGGAAGCAGCAGGGGAACGAUGCCCGGACAGACACCCAAGACGCCUGA